AUGCUGCACUCGAACCUUGAAGAUUAUUCUUGGAGACAAGGAGGUCUAGAUGUGGUCAUCACACAGUUGCUUGGUCAGUCUGAAAAUACCGGCCCCCCUCCUGCUGAGAAGGAGAUGAUCUCAUCUCUCCCCACCGUUAGCAUCUCCUCAGAACAGGCUGCAUGCCGGCUGGAAUGCCCUGUGUGUAGAGAGGAGUACUCUGAAGGGGAAUCUGUCCGACAGCUGCCCUGUCUGCACUACUUUCACAGCAACUGUAUUGUACCCUGGCUACAACUGCACGACACCUGCCCUGUCUGCCGGGAAAGUCUGGAUGGUGAAGACCGGGGUUUCCAGUCACAGACAGGACCUCCAGGGGCAAUUCCCUCGACGAAUGUAGAGGAACGUAGCACAUUUGAGACUCUUUAGCCUCCUUUUCCUUCCUUUAUUAUGCUGAUCAAUCAGGACAGAGAGAAGCACCACAGCCCUGUGCAUCAGUGCUUCACAGAGCCCCGAAAAAGAGUGCCUUCUAUUUCAAAACGCAUUUUAAUUGAGGCUAUUUCAGUCCGUAUCGGUCUGAUUAGCAGUUAUAUCUGUUAUGUGUUUUUGCAAUGUACAGUUGUGCCCAAAAUCCUACCACUGAUGUUUACAGUCCAACCUGAACUUACAUAUUUCAACUAACACAGCACACAUGUGAUGCGUUAAAUCAAUUUUAAAAAUUCCAGUUUGGAACGAACAAACAGUCUCUUAGGCGGGCCGCAGGACUGGAGCUCACGAGUAAUGAGAUAGAUGAUACAGAUGUCUCAGGGGAUGCAGUUCAAGUUGCAUAUGCAUAUUUAAUGGCACGGCACACGUUUACCCUAUAGCUUCUUCAGAGCUCCUGUUUUAAUACCUCACAAUGAAGUAAGCGCACAGUUCACUUUCCCUUACCUGUCAAUGGAUGACCUCUGCUCCGCACAUGCCGUCACUCUUAGGAAGGUAUCAUAGAAAUGCAAAGAUUUAGAUACCUACUCAAGCUUUGCACUGUGAAAAUUUUCGUCUGUUGUACUGUACAUGUUUUGGGUUGAUAGUUUGCACUGGUGUUUUCUGUUUGACAUUGCUAUUUUGUGGGUUCUUGUGGAUAGAUAGAAAAAGAAUGGUAUUUAUUGUAUUCACAAGUUAUGAAGCUGUUAGAUCUCUUCUUGAUGAUCCUCUUGGUGCUAAUCCUCAGGGUUCCUUGACUGCUACAUAUUUUAAUAUUGAGACAGUCCCACUCAUGAUUUCUCUUUGCAAUAUGGCCUUUGAACAUUUUGAGUGUCAUUUGGAAUUUUAUACCACACUAUCACACAGAUAAAGGUAAAAUGUUUACAAG